AUGUGGCUGACACAGUCGUUUUCCAAGGAUCCGACACUGCUUGAACUCUCCACGCCGCUGUACAUUGUCGGCGAUCUGCACGGACAACUCGCAGACUUGUUGGAAAUAUUCCGCGAAGUGGGUUGGCCGAACAAAAACCGCAAGUUUUUGUUCUUGGGCGAUUACGUUGACCGCACUCAGAUGGGCACCGAGACGUUUGCGCUGAUCAGCUUGCUGAAGCUGCUAAUGCCGGACUCUGUCUACAUGAUCCGCGGCAAUCACGAAGACAUCCUCGUUAACAAGGACUACAAUUUCUCUGAGGAGCUGUACACGAAGUACGACGACAAACAUGCUCGCAGCAUUCUCAACUCCUUCAGUAACCAGUACAAAAAAAUGUCACUGACAGCUCUGCUGGACGACUGCGUGCUGUGUAUGCACGGCGGCAUCAGUGAAAAGCUGACCUCGAUAAACCAGUUGCGCAGAAUGGAAAAGAUGGACAAAGCCGAGGAUGGCACGCUGCAGGCAGACUUGCUGUGGGCUGACCCACACGAUUCGGUUAUAGAGUGGAAUAAAAGUCCGCGCAAUAUUUCGCAGGUGUUCAACCAGGAUGCGCUAAAGCGAUGCUGCGAGAUGCUGGGCGUCGAGAUGAUCUUGCGUGCGCACGAAGUCGUCCAGAAUGGUUGCGAGAGUUUUGGAGACGAGAAGCUGCUAUGGACAAUAUUUAGCGCUGGGAACUAUACUGGACGGUGCAACAACCUCGCUGCGGUUGCAGCCGGCGCACUACGUGAAGCACGAGGUGCAUCCCGUUGA